CACUUCGUCUUAUUUCCCUAACUACAUCCGGUUCCGGCUAGCUGCAGCAGCAGUGGUCUUUGACAGCUGAUGAAAACACUCCAACAACACGUUUUUUAAGUGUUUUUCUUCACUUAUCACACUGAAAAUGCUCGUUAAUCGCUGGUUUCGAUUGUCUUCUUUGUGUAGUCGUGUUUACAGCAGCAGAGGAAGAAGAAGAGCAUCAUGGAGGACACUAACAGGACACAUUAGUCUGAAUAACAACACACAGGUGCUGCAACACUGGAGAACUACAGCAGCACCAAACCGCCUCUAUCACAGUGAUCUGGGGGAUUUGUACAAGAGUGAGUGUGUCCAGAGGUAUCUGCAGCAGCUCAUGGAGGAGUUCAGAGACCUCAGCAAGAAGUUACAGCAUGCACACCUCAGUGAGACAGACAGGAAGGUGCUGAUGAAGAAACACACAGAGCUGCAGCCUCUGGCUGGUGUGUUUGAGAGCAUUAAACAAGCCCUGAAAGACCUGGAGGAAGUCCUUUCUCUUCUGCACAGUUCAGCCGGCACCAAAGAUGAAGAUGAACAGUUGACCCAGCUGUUGAAAGAGGAGGAGGCACAAAUCUCCUGCAAGAUUUUAGCCUUAAGAACAGACUUGAUCAGAGCUCUUGUGCCCACCGACCCUCUUGACUCCAGUAAUAUUCUGCUGGAGGUUGUAUCAGGACGGACAACAGGAGGUGACAUCUGUCAGCAGUUCACCAAAGAAAUGUUUGACAUGUACCAGGGUUUUGCCUAUUACAAGAACUGGGACUUUGAGCUUCUGAACUACACACCUGCUGAGUACGGUGGUCUGCACCAUGCAGCAGUGAGAAUAGCUGGGGAGGAUGUGUACCGACAUCUGAAGCAUGAAGGAGGAACGCACCGGGUGCAGAGGAUCCCUGAGGUGGGCCUCUCCUCCAGGAUGCAGCGGAUCCACACAGGAACCAUGACUGUCAUCAUCCUGCCUCAGCCAGUGGAGUUUGACGUCCACAUUGAUCCAAAGGAUCUUCGCGUCGACACAUUCAGAUCUCGAGGUGCUGGGGGUCAAAGUGUCAACACAACAGACAGCGCAGUGCGCAUCGUUCAUCUUCCCACCGGUAUAACAGCUGAGUGUCAGCAGACUCGCUCUCAGCUGCAAAACAGAGACACCGCCAUGCGUGUGCUGAGGGCCCGGCUCUACCAGAGCAUGAUGGGUAAAGAGACCGAGCAGAGGCAUACAGCACGAAAGCAGCAGGUGGGCACACGCUCUCAGUCAGAGAGGAUUCGUACCUACAACUUCAGCCAGGAUCGUGUUACAGACCACAGGACUGGAUAUACUACUAGAGAUAUUAAGGAGUUCAUGAGAGGAGGGGAGGCUCUCCAUGAUCUGAUCUCUGACGUACUUGAGCAUACAGAGAGGGAGGCUCUUCUGGAGGCGGCGGAGAACAGCAGCAGCCUGAAACCACCAGAGUCGGGACAAUCUGCAGACUGACACCCACCACUACUUAAUGUCAUUCGGUGGAUGCAUUUCUCCAAUGGGUCUGCACAUCAGUGCUGAAAUAUAUAUUAUUUAAUAUUAAUAUUAAUGUAUGUUUGUGCAAUAGUCACAUUGCAGAUCAUGCAAUGUAAGACAAACUGCAGUUCACUCAUAAUUAAGAGGUUUUUAUUUUUGUAUUAAAAUAUUAAAUUAUG